ACCUCAAAACUCACAAAAGAAAAAAGAAAAGUUUCUUUCAAUAAUAAGAAGAGUCCUGUUUUCUUUUGAUCUGCCGUGAGUCUGUGAAUGGUUCCCCCCCUCUGGAACCAAAGAAUAUUCUCUUCCCGCUCCCUCUCUUCAUAAUAAUAACUGAAAAAUCUAAGAAAUUCAAAAAGGAAACCCUAAUUUGAAUUUAGCUGACCUCUUUUAACAUCAUCAACAUUUUUUCUCUUUCCUACCUCUCCUUUCUAAAACCUUUUCUUCAUCCAAUAGUAAGGUGUUUUUGCAUCUGUUGGACCUAGGUUCGUCUGGUAUAAAAGUUUGAGACUCCUGAAUCGGAAGCAAUAAUGAGGAACAAUUGGUUCUUUUUCAUGGAUUUAGAUGGAGAAUCUCAAUACAUGUUUCCCUUAGAGCCCCUAUUAUCACAAGGCUUUGGGGCUAAUCUAUUUUCUCAGCUUAGUUCAUUUGUUGAUAAUCCUUUGCACCAAUCGAGAUUCCUACAUGUCCCUGGAACCAUGGCUUUUCAAGAAGCUUUGAACGGCAUGUCGAAGCUUGCUGGUGGUUUGAUUUUUUGGUUCACUAGUGCAUCUAGUUCAAAUUUGAGUCGCCAAAUAUCAGGCAAACAGAUUUCUCCCACACCAGGAAGCUGUAGAUCUUCAGCACAAGUUAAGAACUCUACUUCUACUAGAUGUGAUCUUGCUGGUUUAGGCGUAGGUUCUGUAUCAAAAGUAGAGUCUUCACCUCCUGUUGUUUUUAGUACGAUCUCAAGUUUUGUGAUGAGGCUCCUACUCGGGGAAGCUGAAAGACUUCAGCCAUUCCCUGUCCUCUCAUUAGCUGCUUCUCUGGUACCACCAUUUGACAACUUAGCUUCAAAGGUACUAGCUAUCCCUUUGGAGAAUGGUGAUGUACAAGUGCAUGCAUCCAUAGAUCAAAGGCCUUGUGAAGUUGAGCAUUGUGGAUGUCCAGGCCUCUCAUUUUCUGAUUUAAACUGGACAAGACAUGCCGUUGAGCCCAGAACUGGCAUUGAGUUCCCAAUGUUUUUGGACAACAUCGUAGCUGGACAGGAAAGAUCUAGAUUAACUUCAGAGGUUCUUGUUGGUACUGGAUCCAGAACUAUGAAAAUAAUCAGAAUAAAGUCUCUGAAGAUUUAUGCUUUUGGUUUCUAUGUUCAUCCUAAUUCUGUCUGUGAAAAACUGGGCCCAAAGUAUGCUUCCAUUCCAAUGGGUGAAUUAAUUAAACACCGUGACUUUUAUGAGGACCUUCUCAGGGAAGACAUCUCCAUGACUGUUCGGCUUGUGAUUAACUGCAAUGGGAUAAAAAUCAAUACUGUUAGGGAUGCUUUUGAGAAAUCACUUCGAAACCGUUUAUUGAAGACAAACCCAGACACUGAUUACCAUUGCCUGACUACAUUUGGUUCAUUCUUCACAAAAGAUAUUCCACUACCCGCGGGAACAACAGUUGAUUUUCAACGGACAGCUGAUGGGCAACUAAUAACUGAAAUUGGAGGUAACCAAAUUGGAGUGGUUUGUAGCAAGGAUUUAUGUAGAGCCUUCUUUGACAUGUACAUAGGUGAUAUUCCUGUCUCAGAGCAAACAAAGGAAGAGAUUGGCAAGAAUGUUGCCAGCAUUAUCCGGAAGUGCUAAGUUGAUCCAAUAAAGCUUCCAUUGUUCAAUUUUUUUUUAUGAACAAUUGGCUGCUGAUUUAUGGGUCGCAUAUUUCUUGACUAUAACGAUGUACUGCCUUUCAAUACACUGGAGUGUGCAGUUAGGAAGUGUAUGGGUGGCAGGUCAUGCAUGUUAUACAAUAAAUAGAUCUAGGUCAAACCAAUUUGAGAUUAAAAGGGGGGCUACCAGAACUUGUACAAAAUCGAUUCUUUGUAGCUUUCUUCCUGUGGGGGUUUGCUGCAUCUGAAUUGCUGCCCCCAGCUAGAUCCAAGUUAUUAGAAUUAUCUUUCAGGAUACGAAGAGAAUAGUUUUGUUUUA